GAGCUGAAUUAAGAUCUUUAAUAGAAACAAUAAAUAUAGUUGGUGGAGGUCUUAAAAAUUAUUUAAAAACAAGAUGGACAACUGCAAGUAAUUCAAUUGAAAAUAUAUUACAUUUAGAAAAAGUUUUAAAAAAGAAUACAAUUGAACCAAUACCAAAUUAUCUUCAAGAACUAGCAUUAAAAGUUUUGGCAAUUACUCCAAAUAGU